GGAGAGCUCAUUUGAAUGACAAUAAUUCUCCUGUCAGUGCAUUUCAUCAGCCUUUAUAUGAAAGUGGAGCAUCAGUAAUGCAACGUGAAUGAGGGGCUUUGAUUUGAGAGGGUGAGGAGGAAACACAAGGUGACUAUGGAGCGCACGGGGAAGAUCUUCUUCUACGAGGACAAGAACUUCAAAGGCCAUCACUAUGAAUGCAGCAGUGACUGUCCCGAGCUCAGCUCUCACUUCCAGCGCUGUAACUCCAUCCGGGUGGAGAGCGGGCCCUGGGUGGUCUAUGAGAGACCCCAGUACAUGGGAUACCAGUACGUCCUCAUGAGAGGGGAGUUCCCCAGCUUCCAGAGCUGGAACGGCUUCAACGAAACCAUCCGCUCCUGUCGGCUCAUCAGACAUCCUCCUAGCACGCACAAGAUCCGCAUCUACGAGCGGCCAGACUUCAGCGGCCAGAUGAUUGAGUUCAGCGAGGACAUGCCCACCCUGGUGGACCGCUGGCGCCACCGCGACAUUCAGUCGGCUCACGUCCAGGACGGCAUCUGGAUCUUCUACGAGCAUCCGAACUACAGGGGACGCCAGUACCUGCUGGAGAAGGGCGAGUACAGGCGGCACGCAGAGUGGGGGGCCAUGCAGUCGUCUGUGGGCUCCAUCAGACGUGUUGUGGACCAGCCUUAAAACCAUAUGACUUCCUGUUUACCCACCUUCUUCCACUCAUUACCCUGAACUUAACUCAAAUAAAAGCACACAAACUGCA